AAGUGUGAGAGUGGCUUAAACGUGCGUGAAGAGCGAAACAGCCGUGUUUAGAUCGGUUUGUUUUAGCGUCGGAACCGGUGCGGUGAGCUGCGCGUGAGCUCCGGUGCGGUGACACCGCAGACUGCGCCUUCAGACCACGGCGGCUCGCGCUAUGUGGAAACAGGUGAGCUCGCUGCUGUGGAGGGCACCGGUCCCCGGACUUUCACCGGUAGUCACGGUCCGAUCCAAGUCCCACGGACCCAGCUGCAGUGUGUCCGGGAGGGAGUGGGUGAGACCUAGCGGCUUUGAUACGGGCUUGAAGACUUUUAACAGCCUGAGCAAACAGAAGGAGCCCCUGAUCCUGACAAGAGAGGGGGUCGCGACCUGGUAUAGCUGUGGACCCACCGUGUACGAUCACGCUCACCUGGGUCAUGCAAGCUCAUAUGUGAGGUUUGACAUCCUGCAGAGGAUCCUCAGCAGACUGUUUGGAAUCACCGUGAUCCAUGCCAUGGUCAUCACUGACAUCGAUGACAAAAUCAUCAGAAGAAGCUGGGAGGAAAAUGUUUCCCCCGCCGCCAUCAGCGCAGUGUACGAGGACGAGUUCAAGAGGGACAUGCUGUCACUGAAGGUGGUUCCUCCUGCAGUGUAUUUAAGGGUCACAGAGAAUGUGCAUCAUAUCGUUGCCUUUAUUGAGAAGAUCAUCAAAAAUGGACACGCUUAUGCCACAAAAGAAGGCGAUGUGUAUUUUGACAUUCAGUCCAUUGGUGGCAGGUACGGCAGGUUUGUGGGAGCUGUGGAUCCUCAGGGAGAGCCCGGCUCCUCAAACAAACGGGACCCGAGGGACUUUGCUCUGUGGAAACCAUCUAAACCUCAAGAACCGUACUGGGAGUCCCCGUGGGGCAGAGGAAGACCGGGCUGGCAUAUUGAAUGUUCUACCAUUGCUAGCUCCAUGUUUGGGAGACAGUUGGAUAUCCACUCUGGAGGGAUUGACCUGGCUUUUCCUCACCACGAGAAUGAGAUCGCUCAGAGUGAGGCGUAUCACCAGUGUGGACAAUGGGCAAACUACUUCCUGCACUCGGGGCACCUACACCUAAAGGGAAGUCCAGAGAAAAUGUCUAAAUCUUUAAAGAACUACAUCAGCAUCAAGGAUUUUCUGCAGUCUUAUUCUGCCAAUGAAUUCCGGAUGUUUUGUCUUUUGAGCAAAUACAGAUCAGCUAUCGACUACAGUGACAGCAGCAUGCUGGAAGCUCGCAGCACUCUGGACACCAUCUCCACCUUCUGCCACGAUGCUCAGGCCUACAUGAAGGGUCAGCUGCAGUGUUCACACGUGCAGGAGGAUUUGCUCUGGAGCAGGCUGGCUGAGACUAAAUCCACUGUGAUGAACACUCUAGCAGAUGACUUUGAUACACCAAGAGCCAUUAGUGCUCUGAUGAAUCUGGUUUAUCACGGAAACUGCCAACUUCAGCCUGUUUCUACGCCUGCUGGAGCGGCCCGCAGCCCUGCCGUGUUUGGAGCGAUGGUCACCUACCUCAGGGAUGUCUUGGACGUGUUUGGCAUCGACCUGCACACCAAGGAGGCUGACGUGCUGAGCAGCCGUGGCAGUCUGCAGCCUGUUGUGGAACAGCUGACUCAGUUCAGGAGCAAAGUUCGAGAAUUUGCGCUUGCUCGACAGGACGGUUCAUCCACAGGAUCCCCAAGCAGACCUGGACUGUACCCCGACAGAAUCCCUCUGCUUAAAGCCUGCGAUGCCCUCAGAGAUGACCUGGCACCCCUGGGUGUGCUGAUAAAGGAUAGAGGAGCCACCUCCACGUGGGAGAUCAAAAUGAGUGCGAGGGGACAGGGACCGGAGGACAAAGGCGAGGAGACGUCCAGCUAAAGAAGGUUUUUUCAUUUCUAACAAUGAUUUGAGGUUUGUGGACUCUACGGAAAGACUUGGAAUAACAAGAAAACAGCAUGAUGCCAUAAAAACAGAAGCUCAGGGUGCUGGACUCUUAGAUUUUGUUUCAUAAGUCACGUGCUGUACCUGCCUGUCACAGUGGCUCCACCUCGCAGUCAUGUUAGAGGGCUCCUUUAGUUUUAAACCCGAUGGUUAUCCAGUACUGGACUAAAUCUGAACUGCUGUCAUGCUCUCACAGUUGGCUGUACCUGCACUAUCAUCAAGGUUUGAUACCCAUGACCUUAUUCACCCUACAAGGCUGAUCCUCACCAUCCUACUGCACUAGGAGCUGCAGAGGCCUGGCAGUGUACUCCACCACUAUUACUGUAUUUGGCAUUGAUACAUUAAAGUUUUGCUAAUAGUUAAAA